CCCCAGCGGUUGACCAACCAGAGUUGGUUGAUCCCAUUCUUUAUUCGACUUUUCCUUUUUGCUUAGUUUAAAAAUCACCAGAACCUGAAGCCCAUUCAAACCCAAAGCUCUCUUAUCAAUCUCUUCGCGGAUUCAUCAUCUUCUGUUCUGCUGCCCUGCUAUCGAACCGAGUUUUCAGCCAUGUCUCAGACUGUUGUGCUCAAGGUUGGCAUGUCGUGCGAAGGUUGUGCUGGAGCCGUGAGGCGGGUGUUGGGAAAGAUGGAAGGUGUAGAGUCAUUCGAUAUCGAUAUGAAGGAACAGAAGGUGACAGUGAAGGGCAACGUGCAGCCCGAUGCUGUGCUGCAGACUGUCUCUAAGACAGGAAAGAAGACUGCUCUCUGGGAAGCAGAAGCUGCUGCCCCCACCCCCCCUCCUGAACCCGAGGCAAAGCCCGCUGAAUCAGAAACUUCUGUAGUCACAGCUGCUUAAAUUUACCGAACUAGUUUGGCCUUUUAUAUGUAGGCCUGUUAAUUGAUUGGAGAUCAGGAGGCCUAUUUACUGAACAAAUGGAAUAACUGGUGAAAUUGGUGUGCUUUACUUGAAUGUAUGCCGAGACAAUCGUUGUACGAUUGAUUAUAUGAUAUCUGUACUGAAUUAUAGAAAAUGUCUCCAAUUAUCUUUUCUGCAAUCA